UGGAUUUAUCUUUGACAACUUUUGGAAAUGUGAGAUGGUGUUCUUUUUGUAAUCCUAUUUUUCAAUCAAAUAUGCAUCAAAAUUACACUUUGAAAAACAUUACGUCAACUUUCACUUCUCAAAUUCAUCAAAUAUAUUUUGACCUGUUUCAAUUCUCAAAUGCAUCUCUAUUUGAAAUUGUUCGAACGUGACAAGAUCAAUUUACAAGAAAGAGCGACAAUGUUGAUUUAAUCUAGAGAAGGCACGCUCUACACAAGAACUACCACCGGGUAAUAAUAUCCACAUGCUCAGACAAUCUGUCCGUUAGGCGAAAAUAUAGCUGCAACGUCAGCGCAUGUCCGGCAACCUUGUAAUCAAUGCUGCGUUUCCGCGUCGUACAGUCUUCAGCGAAAUCUCUCAUCGCGAACAUGGAGAUCUCACGCGAUGGACAAGCGACAUCGUUGAACGCGUGUUACCAGCGAGAUGUACGAUACAUCUUUACGCUCAGCAACUGGAUUCUCAGCUCGAUCGGCAUCUGGCCGAUCGCGUUCCGAGGCAUUAAACAACACAUCUCUAAAAUCUCUAUCGUCAUCUGUAAUUUCGUACUAAGCUUCGCGAUGGUGCCCUGCGCCUUACAUAUUAUUUACGACCAGAAGGACCUCAUCAUAAGGCUCAAACUCUUCGGACUCUUGGGCUUCUGCGGCACGGCGAUGAUAAAGUUCUUCGUUCUCGUGAUACGUCGUCCAAAAAUACGAAAGUGUAUCGAGUAUGUGAAAGAUGAUUGGUGGCAGGUGAAGUCCAAGUCUGACCGCGAACACAUGCUGAAGUACGCUGGUAUCGGUCGUAAUCUAUUUUUAAUCUGCAUGAUUGUCACGUAUUCUGCCGUCUUCAGUUAUCACAUGAUCCUGCCAUUUUUCACCGAGCAUAAACUCGGUAAUGAAACCAUCAAACCGCUUGUGUAUCCCGUUUACAGUGAAUUUAUACAGUGCCAGAUAAGUCCGACAUACGAAAUAGUAUUUAUGGUCCAUUGUAUGUGCGGAUAUAUUAUAGCCACGAUCACAGUCGGGACCUGUGGGUUGGCAGCAAUAUUUGCUAUUCAUGCCUGUGGCCAGAUUCAAGUAGUUUUAUCUCGCCUAGAAGAUCUCUUAGACGGUACAAACUUUCAGCAAAUUCCAGACGUGCAACAACGCAUUGCCGCCAUCGUGAAGAGUCACAUACAAAUAAUGAGGUAAUUUUUUCCAAUAUUUAAAUGGGAUAAAACCAUUUAUACCAGUUUAAAUGAUUGUUUAUAUUUAAGCAAUAAAGCGCAUUUUAUCGUCUA